UAUAUCUUCACAUUAUAUAUGGACGAUGAUCCUACCAAAGAUCCCCAGUUAGACCAACCAGCUUAAUUUUCAGCCUCAUUCCGUCCCAACUCCCACGUGUCUUCCACGUGCAAAAAACUCAGCCUCUGAUGACCUCAACAAGCUCCACCAAGAAACACACAAUGUAUCGUGGAAUCCGAUGCCGGAGCAACAAAUGGGUAUCGGAGAUAAGGGAGCCUCGCAAGAGCACACGUAUAUGGCUUGGCACUUAUCCAACUCCUGAAAUGGCGGCUGCUGCUUAUGACGUGGCGGCCCUUGCCCUAAAAGGGGGUGACGCCGAUCUCAACUUCCCUAACUUUGUUGCAAGCUACCCUGUACCCGCUUCUUCAUCUGCUGUUGAUAUACGUAAUGCGGCUGCAGCGGCUGCGGCUUCGCUGAGAAAGUCUGAUCAUCAAAGGAGUGCAAGUAUUGAAGAAAAUGCAAGAAAUAAUGAUCACCAAUCACGUUUGAAUGAUUACGUAGAGUUUAUUGACGAGGAGGCUCUUUUGAACAUGCCUAAUUUAUUGGUGAACAUGGCGGAGGGGAUGAUGGUUUCACCUCCGAGAAUGAACUCUCCAUCGUCAGACAACUCACCGGUGAAUUCAGACGGAGAAAGUCUAUGGAGCUAUUAUUGAUCAUGCCAUAGCCAGCUUCCUCCUAAGUAUUGAGUGAUCCUGUUUCAUUGUCCAAUCAACAUCGAAACAUAAAAUAAAAAAGAGAAUAUUGGCUAUUACAUAAAAUAAAAAUAAACUGAAUGUAGCACUGAUUAUCUUCCAGGUGUUGUCAUUUCCGUAAGUUUGACGAAUUUCUUGUUUCC